AUGUCAGGCAACCGCAACUAUGACUUCCUGAUCAAACUGCUCCUCAUCGGCGACUCAGGCGUCGGCAAGUCCUGCUGUCUGCUGCGGUUCAGCGAGGACUCGUUCACGCCCUCCUUCAUCACCACCAUCGGCAUCGACUUCAAGAUCCGGACCAUCGAGCUCGAUGGCAAGCGCGUCAAGCUGCAGAUCUGGGACACCGCCGGUCAGGAGCGCUUCCGCACCAUCACCACGGCCUACUACCGCGGCGCCAUGGGCAUUCUACUGGUCUACGAUGUGACCGACCAGAGAUCCUUCGAUAACAUCCGCACCUGGUUCGCAAACGUAGAGCAGCACGCCACCGAGGGCGUCAACAAGAUCCUGAUCGGCAACAAGUGCGACUGGGAGGACAAGCGCGUAGUGUCCACGGAGCAGGGCGAGGCGCUGGCCAAGGAGCUGGGCAUCCCCUUCCUCGAGGUCUCGGCCAAGAGCAACAUCAACAUCGACAAGGCCUUCUACAGCCUGGCCGCCGACAUCAAGAAGCGCGCCGUCGACAACCAAAAGUCCGAGCCCGCAGGAGGCGCCUCGGGCGUCAACGUGUCGCAAGGAGGAGGCUCGGGCGGUCUGGGCAAGUGCUGUUAA